AGCCCAUCACCUGUAGUCCUGGACAGCGAGGAACACCAGAGCCAUCAGACGGGCCGGGUGGGGGCUCCCGGCUGGAACCGGGUAGCCAAAGCCCGGCCCUGGUCUCCGCCAAAGGCGCCAGGCUGGGUCUCCCGAGAGCCCUCCUCAUUCUCCCCCCUUUUACAAGGCCUGCUGGGAGUUGUAGUUCAGCGGUAAGAAGAGUCGCUCGGCCCCGCCCCCUCCGUUUUCUCUUCGCCCCGGAUGAGGGCGAAGACUAGGGACAGCGGGGCCGGGCCCAGAGAGCGCCGGACUACAAUUCCCGAUGGACCCGAGGUUCCAGUACGCUGUCACAGGUGAUACCAUGGAGAGUGGAAAACCUGGUCCAGUGCAGGUUGUUUUGGUUCACAAAGAGCAACAUUCCUUUGAGCUAGAAGAGAGAGCCUUGGCCAGCAUCCUUCUGCAGGAUCACAUCCGAGAUCUUGAUGUGGUAGUAGUAUCAGUGGCUGGUGCCUUUCGAAAGGGCAAAUCCUUCAUUCUGGACUUUAUGCUACGAUACUUAUAUUCUCAGAAAGAAGGUGGUCAUUCAAAUUGGUUGGGUGACCCAGAAGAACCACUGACAGGAUUUUCAUGGCGAGGAGGCUCUGACCCAGAAACCACUGGGAUUCAGAUUUGGAAUGAAGUUUUCACUGUGGAGAAGCCAGGUGGGAAAAAGGUUGCAGUUGUUCUGAUGGAUACCCAGGGGGCAUUUGACAGCCAAUCAACUGUGAAAGAUUGUGCUACCAUCUUUGCUUUAAGCACCAUGACUAGUUCUGUUCAGAUUUACAAUUUGUCCCAGAACAUUCAGGAAGAUGAUCUUCAACAGCUACAGCUCUUUACAGAAUAUGGGCGUCUGGCAAUGGAUGAAAUUUUCCAAAAACCCUUCCAGACACUGAUGUUUUUGGUUCGAGACUGGAGUUUCCCAUAUGAAUACAGCUAUGGACUGCAAGGGGGAAUGGCAUUUUUGGAUAAGCGCUUACAGGUGAAGGAACAUCAACAUGAAGAAAUUCAGAAUGUUCGAAAUCAUAUUCACUCGUGUUUCUCGGAUGUUACCUGUUUUCUCUUACCACAUCCAGGGCUCCUGGUGGCCACAAGCCCUGACUUUGAUGGGAAAUUGAAAGAUAUUGCUAGUGAAUUCAAAGAACAAUUGCAGGUACUGAUACCAUAUGUACUAAACCCAUCUAAGUUAAUGGAAAAGGAGAUCAAUGGCUCAAAAGUCACCUGUCGGGGACUGUUGGAAUAUUUUAAGGCAUAUAUUAAAAUUUACCAAGGAGAAGAUCUGCCUCACCCAAAAUCCAUGCUUCAGGCCACUGCUGAAGCCAACAAUUUGGCAGCUGCAGCCUCUGCCAAAGAUAUUUACUACAGCAAUAUGGAGGAGGUUUGUGGGGGAGAGAAACCUUAUUUGUCUCCAGACAUUUUAGAAGAGAAGCACCAUGAAUUCAAACAGCUUGCUCUAGAUCACUUUAAGAAGACCAAAAAGAUGGGUGGGAAGGAUUUCAGCUUCCGUUACCAGCAAGAGCUGGAGGAGGAAAUCAAGGAACUGUAUGAGAACUUCUGCAAGCACAAUGGCAGCAAGAAUGUCUUCAGCACCUUCCGAACCCCUGCAGUUCUGUUCACAGGCAUAGCAGCGCUGUACAUAGCUUCUGGCUUUACUGGCUUCAUUGGGCUUGAGGUUGUAGCCCAGCUGUUCAACUGUAUGGUUGGAUUGCUGCUAAUAGCACUCCUUACCUGGGGGUACAUCAGGUAUUCCGGUCAGUAUCGUGAGCUGGGUGGAGCUAUUGACUCUGGUGCAGCGUAUGUGUUAGAGCAGGCUUCUUCUCAUAUUGGUAAUUCUACUCAGGCUGCAGUGAGAGAUGCCAUCGUUGGGAGACCACCUACAGAUAAAAAAGCUCAAUAGUGUCUUAAUGGCAAGAUCCAACAAGAGCCCAGUCAGCCCCUGGAUUUCUGCUAAUUCCGUCAUGGGUCCAGUUCCAGAGGAAUGGCAGAUCUGAGACCGCCCUGGAAGCGCUGAGACGGGGCAGUGUAAUAAAUGAACUGACUUCUCCUAUGGUUCCAAAUUCCACUUGUCUUGGAAGCAGUUCUUUUUGUUGCUGUUACAGACCCAAGGCUACUGUCUUCUCUGCUUUGUGCACUUUAAGGGGUGGGGGUGGGGGCUAAAAGGAAAACAUAGAAAUGCAGCUUUUAAGUCUUUGAUGUACCACAUAGUGCCUUUUAAGACCAGCCCAUGCCUCUGCAGCCUGAGCCCUGAGGAGUGGAGGACAGCCUCAUGGAAUGCAGUUUUGGAUCAACUUUUCUUUUGGAUUUUAGUUCUCUUGUACCUUUGAAAAUUUGUUUUCCAAAUGUUUACACAACUUGAAGGCUCAGAACUAAAGGCUGACUGACAUGAUAUGCUUAAACAAUUUCCCCCAAUACUGGAGAUUGAACCUAGCACCUGAUGUGCUAGGCAAUUGCUCUGCCCUGGAGCUAUCCCUUAGCCUGCUUGCCUGCAGUCUCUGGUCUUGAAAUACUCUGUCCCCAAGUUGGCUGUAAGCGUUCCAUUUUCUUCCUUCCUCACUAGCCUCUUGAGUGGCUUGAAUACAGACCUGUGCUGCCAUCCUUGCUUCAAAAACCUUAUUUAUAUGAAUUAUCUUUGCUAUGCAGCAUGGAAAAAAUUAGAUCAUUUUAUACUUUGUGUUGGAGAGUAUAAGGUGUUUUACACAGUAGGCUGUCAGUUUUGUUGUACUUGUUUUUUUAAAUUUUUAUUCCUAUAGCUUCUUUCUAGAAAAGAAGCGAAUGGUCCUUAAAAAGCCAGGGCUUCAUAAUAAAACGAAUGAGUUAGACACUUGAUGGUAAAAUUGUAGUCUGGGUGAACCUCUGAUAUGAGUCAUUUGAAUUUGUGUCUUGGUCAGAUUCACUGUGUGUAUGUAUAUGUCACUCUCAAAAAUAGUCAUUUUCUUUUUUUUUCCUUUUUUUUUUUUUUUUUUUGGUUUUUACCAGACAGGGUUUCUCUGUAUUGUUUUGGAGGCUAUCGGUCCAGCCAUGCCUCGAACUCACAGAGAUCCGCCUGCUUCUGCCUCCCGAGUGCUGGGAUUAAAGGCAUGCGCCACCACCGCCCGGCUCAAAAAUUGUCAUUUUCAAUAGAGAAAGACACUACCAAAUAUUACUCCUUUAAAUUAAUGUUCAGUUUCAUGUUGCUUAGUGAUAAUACCAAAUAAUCUGAUCUAUAGUCUUUACUUUUUAGGGGGGAAGUGGUAGCGAUGUCUCACUGUUGCCCUGGCUAGCCUGGAACCUUUGAUAUAGACGAGGCUAGCCUUGAACUCAUAGAGAUCCUUGUGCUUCUGUGCCUAGCCCCAAACUGCUUUUUAUUCUAUGUGCUAUGUAAUGUUCAUAAUAUCAAAGCAAAACUAUUAAUUUUUUCUAGUUAACUUUCCUUUUUUUCCCCUUGAAGAAGAAAGGGCAUUCAGUCUAGCUAAACUGUUUAAAAUUCUCUCUUGAUUUUCCUUUUGGUUAGACUGGCAGUUUUAAAAUAACUGGCCUAUGAAGGACAGUUUGCUCAGACUAUAAAAUUUUCUUUUUUACAUUUGCCUUGAUUAUAUGAUCAACUUUUAUCUGUUUUUUUUCCUUUGACUUUUUAAUGGUGAAUUAUUGUGGACUUAAACCUUAAAACAAGUCUGCAGGUAUAGAAGCCUUAAUUUUUUUAGGUAAUUUGAAUUUUUGUCUUGGGAAGGAGAUAGAAUGGUUUUGGCAAAACCUAGUAUAAAUUUUAUGUACAUGAAGUAUGAUGGAAAGUAGGAAAAAAGGAAAUCUUGUAUUUAAUUUCUUACCAGAAUUUUAAGUUUUCCAAUCAAGCAUUUAACAAACCCUGAAUUAAUAUUGAGCAUUUUACAUAUUUUCAUACCAUCUUGUCCUAAACUCAGAAGUUUUUCCUUUGGCUCUGCUAUUUGGGAGCAGUUCCAGCUUGUUUAAAACUGUUCACUGCUUGUGGGUGAUGGCUGACCAUGUAAGGGUUGGAAGCUCAGUCCUGGAGUUGUGCAGAGUUUUCAGGUAGUGUCCCCUACCUGGAAGGUUGUACUGUGUGUGUUGGGCUCCUCAUACUGAGCAAAGGUCAGAGAGGGUUUUUGGGAAUAGGGUUUUGUUAUGUAGUCCAGGUUGGCCUAUAACUUGCUUUGUAGUUUAGACUGGCCUUAAACUUGAGGCUCUGCUGCCUCAGUCUCCUUGAGUGCUGAGCUUGUAGGCGUGUGUCCCCAUGCCCGUGUCUGGUUUUACUCUUUUUCUCUGUGUAUCUUUGUAGACCAGGCUGGCCUCAAACUCACAGAGAUCUGCCUGCCUCUGCCUCCUGAGUGCUGGGAUUAAAGGCGUGUGCCACUACCCCCAGGCUCUGGCUCUACUCUUAAUGGUAAAAAAAAAAAAAAAAAAAGAUGUGGGAAAGAUUUGCUGUGAUACUUUUAGUAUUACAUCUGUGUAUGUGUUUAAAGUGAAUGUUUUAUUAACUUAUUCUGCUUCUGGAACAUGUUUAUAAAGUUUUCUUUGAGGGUUCUUGGAAGUUUUCCUUGGGCUUUUCUAACUUUAAUUGUUGAUUUUUCUCACAAUUUUUCAAUGCAAAAUGCCUUUAAUGAUUGGCUAGAAAUAGUUCUGAGGAGAUUUAUAAGUGGUUGAAAGAAUCUAUUAGCACUUCCUGCCUUUUCUUUGUGGGUCAGGACAUGGUGUAGGAGUCAGAUCAGGGUCCCCACAGGCUUCCUGAUUUGCACACUCCCGUCAGUGUGUGGAGCACACUCCUAUAGACAUAAUGAGAUUUCCAAAACAUUGCAUUGAAAAUAACUCACUUCAGGAGAAGCUAAAUGUUGCUAAGAUGUUCUUGGAUUUGUUUAGGGGUGCUGAGGAUGGAACCCCAGGGCUGAGUAUAUGGCAGGUGUUUGCUCUGUCUACCAAGUUAAACUGUUUGCCUCUUACCAUCAAAUGGAUAAAACCACAGCUUUGAUUCUUUUGCUGAGAAGUCUCUCUCAUGAUUUAUCACUUGCUGAUAAAUUUCACACAUCCCUUUUAAAGAGCACCAAAAAUCUCUUUCAUGGGAUGCUUGUGACUUUAUUUUUUUCCUUUUUCCCUCCCCUGGACCCUCCCCCCUUCCUUUUUCUGUGCAGCUCCAGCCAGAGGUUUAUGUUUGAUACUUGUUUAUACUGGGUCAAGUUGCUGUGACAGCUUGUGUUUGAUGUGCUUUCUCGAACACAAGCACACAGGCACAAGCAAUGUGUUUUCAGUUUCUUUAGUAGGUCAUAUACAGUGGCGCUUGGGUAUGUGAAUGAGACAAAUUCAGUAGCCUAAUUUCAGCCCAAGCCAAAAAAAAAAAAAAAAAGAAAGAAAAGAAAAAGGAAAGUUUUUUCCAGAAAGUGACAUGAAAGUAUCAAAAGAUCUAUUUUGUUUGUGUCAGUUUUUUAACAUGUAAUUGAGUGUGAUUUGAUUUUUCUAUCAGGUGACCAAUAUCUCUGCAUCCUUCUACCUAGCAUGUGGAGCCAAUGCAGUUUCUGUCAGGAAUGAGGAGGUUGUGAGUGAGCUUCAUUUAGCAGAGUAUUCCCUGUCCCGUGUGACUUGUUGUUGUGGGUUAGUUGUUUUCCUCAGGGGCUGUACUGUAUGUAGCUCUGUCUUGGACACUGGUUCUUACCUUCCUCUUCAUGCUUUAGACUAAUCUGUGGGGUGUGUUGAAAGAAAGUCAGAUCUGCUUUGUAUUUAGAGAUUGCUGCAGCGGUUUUAGGAUGGGCCCUGAGAUCAUUUCUUAUAGACUUCAUAGGUAAUUGGCGGGUAGGGGUGGGGAUGAAGAGUGAGAAUGAACUGAUCCACAGAAUGGGAGUACCCAGACAGGAAGUGCACUUGCCUGAGGCCUGCUGCCUGGCCUGCUCACUUGAGAGUUUACUAUGUUUAGAAUCAUCAGGGUGCCUUAAUUGAGAAGAUUGUCCAAGCUUUUUAAAGCUAUCAUAGUGCCUUCUCUUAUAUACCUGCCCUUACACACUGACAGGUAAUUAGGAGUUUGUUAAAGAAAUGUUGAUAGUAUCCCCUCUCAUACUCUGAAAAAGCCAAACUGGGCACUGUGACUUGAAUCCCUAAAUUUUUGUUGUUGUCAUUGUUUUGAGAAAGGGUCUGAGUAUGUACCUGGCUGCUCUGGAACUCAUUCUAUAGAUCAGGCUGGCCUUGAGCUCACAGGGAUCAAUCUGUCUCCUUGUGGAUCCUGAAAUCUUUUAAAUACAGAAAACCCUGAAGUACUAAUACCAGUAAUGAACAAAGAGGAUGGGAUUGUAGUCACCUAUGCACCCCACAGAAGGAGCAUUCCAAGAUAGCUCUUUUUUUUUUUCUUUUUCCAAGAUAGCUCUUAUCAACAGAAAGGUUCCUAUGGGGAAGUCUCAUGUGCCAGAGUCAAAGGUCAGUGUUACAGCCAAGGGAAGGUCACAUUGAUGCCUCAGAGUUAUUAUGAAUGUAAGCCUUAAAAGAGUAAUCUUGAAAAUAUACAAGUUUUAUUUUAAAAAUGAUUUGUUAUAAGUACUUUCUGCUAGUUCCUUGCCUUUGAAUGGCUUUAAAACAAUUUUUUUAAAGUGCAAUGGGAAGCAAUGAUGCUAUUCUGUGCUAAGGCUCAUUUCUGUUUCCUUUAUGGGUUGUAUAUUCAUUUAAUGGAUUAAAGAUCACAACACCAAUGUUA